AUGGCGCAGGCCGACCCGCUCUCCGGCACGACGAGUGCGACCGUCGUGCGGACACGAAGACACCACCGCAGCCUCCAUGAAGAGCUCGAGUUGAUCCAAACCGAGAAGAACAGCACGGUCGAAUCCUUUGCGGCCAAAAAGUGGAGCGAACUCUUUCGAUUGCACAUUCUCCUGACAAAUUCCAAACGGUUUGGACACAUAUCCCUCGGUGGCGACGGCCAUGGCUUGUACGAGCACCUUUACCGAGCAUUUCCCCAACAAAUGGUGACGAAGCCCCGACUCAUCGGUGUCCUGCGGACUGUUUGCGGCAUCGAAGCGACGAAACUCACUUCCAUGGACGAUGAAUCCAAGGCGCUGGUCAAACAUCUCGAAGGACUGCACUACUGUUUUGAAUCUACCAACGUACACGCCAUGACGAAACGAACCAAGGACGUUGCUACGCUGCAUGCGAACUGGAGACUGCUGCUCUUAUCUCUCAAGAUGCUGCGAGAGCCGAUGCUGCCCGAAUCAGCCUACUUUUGGUUUGGAUUUCAACUCUUUAGCUCGCCUGGGCUAUUGGACGACUCGCCCGAGCUCUGGAUAACUCGCCACGACUUGUACAACAUUUUCAACUUUGCAGCGAGCAGUCAUGUGUGCUCUCGUGUGAUUAAUCAGCGAAUUGCCCAAGCCGACCACGCCCUGCCCGAAUCCGUCUUGAAUCGUUCGCGCAUCCACUACCGUCACUUUUGCGAACUCCAAGAUCACCCGAUUCUCCACCAAGUGCUUGAGCCAGCCACACCAUACACGACGUACUUCAUCGAGCUCAUGUCGCCGCACAUCCGACACUUUUUGUUUCAAAUGCGCAAGUUCGACAAAGACCGAGCGAAAUGCCGCAAGUUCCUGUCGUAUUACCACGCCAAGACUAUGCGCUUUUGCUGGUCGCUGUGGCUGGACCAAGUAAAGUAUCGGCGCAACGCUCGGCGCACUGUACUCCGUGCGAUGGACCAAGCCGCCCUCAGGUCUCGCUUCGACGCUUUCGACAGGCUACGAUCGCACGCGUUGAAGGUCGUGGCCGCGACAGAAAUUCAACGAGUGUUUCGUGGCAUGCAAGGACGCAGGCGGUUUCUCGGUGCCCUGACAACGCUGCAAGCUGUGCUCACCAUUCAACGGCUCUACCGCGACCGCGACCAGUUUCACAAGUUCGUCAAGCUAGCCAAGCUUAAGAGCAAGCACGCCAUCAAAAUUCAGCGAGUCUACCGAGGCCGCCUUGGCCGCAUCCGGGCGCGGGCAAGGCUCCUGGCCUACUUCGACAGUGAAAUGGCCAAGAUUGAAGCUCAACGCGAGGCGUGUGCGAAAGCCGAUCGCGUCCGUGCUGCCCGUCAAAUUCAACGAACCUACCGCAAACACAAAACCAAACUCGUGGCCAAGCAAACGGAGUCCGACAAUCAAGACUACCACCGCAUCGAAAUGGAAAUGAAGAUCAUGCUUCAAGCGGCAGAGCGGGCGCGGGACGACCAUCGCGCCGCUGUCAUGGCAUACUACGACAAAUUACGCGAGGACACCGAAGCGAUAGCAGCUCGAGAAAUCGUCGAUGCACGGGAGCGGCAAAAGGUCAUCGUACGGCGUCGCGAACGAGAGUGGGCGACCAUCAUGGGGCAGCGCAAAGCAAAGCUGGAGAGCGUCGCCGCGUCCAAGUUGGAGCGGAAGGCAACGCGCGAAGCGGAAUGGCGCGCGAAAAUAGAAUCCCGCGCGCAGGCCCGCCGCGACAAGCUCCUACAAGUUCUCCUGCGACCCAAUUCCAAAGACGACGACGUGCUCAAGGCAGCAUUUCUCGUCCGACUCGACGUCAAGUAUAGACAAGUCAAGGCCAACUACAAAGCAACGGGGAUUGCGAUGGCGGCCAAGGAAAUGAAAGAUCGGGCGCAGCACGAUGUGUUGCUGGAGGAAAUGGAAGAGGAACGAGAACGGGCAAGGAACGAGUGGCGACUGCUCGAGCUCCAAGUCGCCAAGCAAGAGCAGGAUGACGCCGACACCGAACGGCGCCUCGAGAUCGAGCGGGAUAGCAUGGAGCGCUUCCGCGCUGCCACAUGCAUCCAACGUGGUGCAAAGGUCUAUCUGGCAAGAAAGGUACUACAGCGCAAGGUCGAGCAUGCCUUUGAAAAGGUGUACGACGUUGCGACCGGCCAAGUUGUGUACCUCAACACAAGAACCAAAGGCGUGUGCUCGAAGCCAACGUGCCUUGGGACCCACGAUCUACCGAUGGCAAACAAAUGGUACAUUUGCCCCGACAUUACAGGCGAUGUCUACUAUUACAACCCGAAAACGAUGCGAAUGUCGUGGACUAAACCGGAUGAGUGCACCUUUUGCGACGGCUGCAGCACCAAGUUUGCCGCGGUGUACUGCCCGAACCACAUGAAAGGAAGGUAUGUUGAUCCCGUCCAUCUGUGCCUUGAAUGCUACGCCGAACAAUCCGUCAAAGAUCCUGGGCUGGUGCUCAACGCUUCGCGUUUUGACGGAGCCACCGCAAGAGGUUAG